AGAGACCGCCGAUGACUUUACUUUAUCUGACUCCUCCCAUGUGGUGGUCAGUGGUGCUGCUGCUUCCCCACCACCAUCACCACCACCAUUCUCCCCCUUUUCAUUUCCACUUCUUCUUUUCUCUUUGUUUUUUAAGACCCAAUUUCGGUUUCUGCGAAAGUUAUCCCCCUCUUGUCCUCUACUCCAUCCUAAUAUCCUACGCAUCCACUGCGCACUCUAGGUUCUCCCCUCCCCUCUACUGCCUUUCCCCUCUUAAUUAAUAGUCGCCAUUACACGUGUCUUGUCUUCGUCUUUCCACGUCAUCUCUACUCUUCUUCUUCUUCUCUCCACUUCUACUUGUUUUUGCUUUUUUCUCUUUGCUUUUCUCUCUAGGGUUUCUCUCUUUUCUUUUUUUCCUUCUUUUUUCAGCUGCUGGGUUACUUCCGGUGCCCGUUUCUCACCAGCCAUGGGGUCGAUCCCCGAUCCAGGCGAGUUAGCCGAGUUGACUCCCCCCAGCUUCGACGACUUCCAGCGUCAGACCUCGCUUAUGACAAGCUGUACUCUUCUCUGGAAGGAGCUUUCUGACCACAUCACCUCUCUCGAGCAGAACCUCCAGAAGAAAUCGGAAGCUCUCAAGCACAAAUUCCAGACCCUAGACCAUGAUACCAAGGCCACGCUCGCGUCCCUCAAGAAGCGUGAGGUUACUAUUGACGGAAGCGUGGAGAUCGCGCUCGAGCGCGUGGAGGAACAUAGAGAAGCCGCUUUCAAGUCCCUCGAGAACUCGGAUCAUCCUGAUGGCGAGGUGGAUGACGGUGAUGGGCUGUUACAGCUGCUGAAAUCCUUUUGCUUGAAAAUGCACUCAAGGGAGUUCUGGAAGUUUGUAAUUACCAAGAAAAAGGAACUUGAUGUUUUGAGGAGCCAAAUUCCGUUGGCUUUAGCGGAAUGUGUGGAUCCUGCUAGGUUUGCCCUGGAAGCGAUUUCAGAGGUCUUUCCCGUGGAUAGGAGAGGAGAGAGGACUGAGAAAGGAAAUGAUUUGGGAUGGGCUUGUGUGCUGAUUCUGGAAAGCUUGAUACCGGUUAUGGUAGACCCCGUGAUAGGCAAGUCCAGGCUGUUAGUGACGCCGAGCGUGAAGGAAAAAGCCAAGGAGAUUGCGGAGACUUGGAAGAGAAGUCUGGAAGAGCGUGGUGGGAUUGAGAAUGUGAAAACCCCUGAUGUGCAUACCUUCUUGCAGCAUUUAGUCACUUUUGGGAUUGUGAAGAAGGAGGAUGUGGAUUUGUACAGGAAGCUCGUUGUUGGGUCUGCUUGGCGCAAGCAGAUGCCUAAGCUUGCUGUCUCGCUUGGUUUGGGUGAUAAAAUGCCUGAUAUGAUCGAAGAACUAAUUAGUAGGGGACAGCAGCUUGAUGCUGUGCAUUUUACUUAUGAAGUUGGUCUUGUGGACAAGUUCCCCCCUGUUCCAUUGCUUAAAGCAUUUUUGAAGGAUGCAAAGAAGGCUGCAGCUUCUAUUUUGGAGGAUCCCGAUACUGGUCGAGCUGCGCACCUUGCUGCCCGAAAGGAGCAGUCGGCUCUCCGGGCUGUUAUCAAGUGUAUUGAAGAAUACAAACUUGAGGCUGAGUUCCCACCAGAGAAUCUCAAGAAACGCCUUGAACAGUUAGAGAAGGCCAAGACUGAGAAGAAAAGGCCGGCUGCAGUUCCUGCCAACAAAAGAACACGUGCCAGCAAUGGUGGCCCAAUGCCUCCAGCCAAGGCUGGCCGUCUGACAAAUGCUUACGUAUCAUCUUUCCCUGCGCCCCCAACAUUUAUCAGGUCUCCCCCGCACGCUCAAUAUCCUACUGGCAUACCAGCAUAUCCUUCUCCAGCAGCUGUUUAUGGCAGCAGGAGCCCUCAAUCUCCAUAUGCGUACUCACCAGAGGCAGCUGCUCCCAUGGCCGGAUCAUAUGCUUCAGCUCCUUUAAAUUAUCCUGCAUACGGAGGCUAUGGUAACGGUUUUGCUCCAGCUUAUCAGCAGGCUUACUACCGAUAAACAUGACUACUUGUUGAAGACGGUAACCACUGAUAUGUUGACCCCAAUCUCGUUUGCUUUCUCAACUGGCUUGUUUGUAAUCGCUAACCUUUUUAAUGGUAGCGAUCUGUGUGUGUUAAUUAUAACUUUCUACUUCUUGCUGUAUCAUGGUAAGAAGCUGUAUUUCUGAUAUUGAUCAAACUGUAGAACUAGGUACUUGUGAAAGUAAAAUCCUGAUGGAAACAUAACAAUGUUGAUGUACUAAAACUUCGACCCCUGUUAUUAGGGUUAGUUGUAGAAAAGCUGUUCCUUGCUGUUUUAA